CUUGAGUUGGUCUUCCUCGUCGCCCAUGCCGCUGCCUUCCGUGACGCCACUCCACGUCGACGCAUUUACUUUUCCUCCGGCUGUUGAGUCGCCCGCUUCCCACAAAAGACUUUUCCUCGGUGGUGCAGGCAAGUUCGUGAUUGUGACGGUCAUCGGAGUCUACCUUGAAGCCAUGGCACUGCCGUCAAUCUCCGCUAAGUGGAAAGGCAAGAAUGCAAAGGAGUUGACGGAAUCCGUCCCUUUCUUCCGCCAACUCGUCACAGGUGAGUUUGAGAAAUUGGCAAGGGUGACGAUGAAAAAGAGGUUAACGGGGAUACAAUACUCGGAGAAAGUAGUAGAAAACUGUGAGGAGAUCAUGAAAGCGUCAGGGAAAUACACAAGAUCCGAAGCCAAAGCCAUUGACCAAUUCUUGAUGGUCUUCAAAAACCAAGAUUUCCCUCCCGGCUCUUCAAUCAUCUUCGCUAUCUGUCCUAAAGGCUCUCUCACAAUUGCAUUUUCGAAAGAGGAGAGAGUCCCGAAAACUGGAAAAGCGGUUAUCAAGAAUAAGUUGUUGGGUGAGGCAGUUCUUGAGUCGAUGAUAGGGAAGAAUGGUGUAUCCCCUGCGACAAGGAAGAGCCUCGCUGAGAGAUUAUCUAAGCUGAUGAACAAAAAAGACCCGUACAACGAAGCUAACGUCAACACACCAUCAUCGACAAGAAGAGUCACGAGAUCUCAGACCCGCUGUGCUAUCAAUAAUCUCUUAUCCUCAAAGAAAGCGGAUGAUUGGUCAGAUAAAUGUCAAUCGAAGUCGGUACAAAGAAACGGUGCAAAAGACAGGUCUGCGUUGUUUGACAUAACCAACGACUCACCGAUCGUAGGUCUGGCGAUGCAGACACCGUCCUCAGGAGUUGUUGGGAAGAGGAACAUGAGCAGAAUCAAUAACACUCCUGGAUCUGGUGAGGCUCUCUUGAGAGGCCAAGUCAAGACUCUCUUGCAGAAGGUUGAGGAAGAAGCAGAUCUCACCAAGAUUUCGUUGGAAUCUCGUCCUUUCAUCCAUCUCGUUACUUCUCCCAUGGGUCUUCUCGCCCCAACUCCGGCCAACACCCCCCAAGUUCUUGGUUUCUCAGACGAAGUGCAGGUUGUGAUCACUUCUCCGGUAGUUGCAGGACAAUUCAGAGCACCGUCUCAGGUGGUGGAAAGCAACAUGUUUGAUGAGAAAGAAGAAAGCUUGGAGUUAGAGAAGAGCCCGAGCAUUACUCGGUCAUUGCUUCUGGACUUUAGUGAUAAAUCAGAAUUAUGGGAGAGCUCAGACUGCUCAUCUGUGGUGACUCAAAACCCAGAGGAUGAUAACUCGUCGGUGUGGUCGAUGCAGGCCAAUGCAAGUGCCAAAGACGAAGAGUAUGAUGAUGAAGAGGAAGAAGCCUAUUCUUACGGUGAGGAAUAUGAUGAGGAAUACUACGACGAGGAAGAGGAGGAAGAAGAGGGAGGGAUUGUGGAUGGGUUGUGUGAGGGAAUUAGGAAGAUGAGCGUAGAGACUGACUUUGCAGGGAAACACACUAGAUUUGUGUAUGACAGUGAAGAUGAAGAGAUUGUGGAGGCCAAAGAUCAAUCUCCAGGAGUGUUGCGUUUGAAAGGCUUUCCUACACCGACAGGAAAACAUGUCAGAUUUGCCGGUGAUGAAUGAGUUCAGUUUGAAUCUUUCUUCUUGGAGUUGUGACAAAAAGCCU